AUGCUUGUGGAAGAUGUGGGAGCAACACGGGAAGGGAGGGGCCACCUCAACAUGAAAGUCCUGCAAAAAUGUGGAAGUUUUUGGUCGGUCGAGUGCUACGACGGAGUGGAGGUGGUUGGUCUGGUGAUGGAGUGGUUGGAGGUGGUGAAGAGUGUAGGGUAUGUGAAGGUGUUGAUAAGGUACAGUUUUGGACUGGCUGUAACUCGAGUGAAGCCGUAUAUCUGCACUAUGCCGCUGAGGAUGGAUGAUGGCUGGAAUCAAAUCCAGUUUAAUCUGGCUGAUUUUACCAGGAGAGCCUAUGGAACAAACUAUGUGGAGACACUGCGAGUUCAGGUUCAUGCAAAUUGCCGCCUGAGGAGGAUAUAUUUCUCUGACCGCUUGUACUCCGAAGAGGAACUUCCUCCUGAGUUUAAGUUGUACCUCCCAAUGCAGAAAGCAUGAUAUGAUGCAACAAAGGAGGGAUCGAACCCAUUGGAGCUGGAUUUUGAGACUUCAGAUUGUAAUUGUGUGGAUGUGCUUGAUUUGUUUAUUUCCGGUCCGUUUUUCGAACUUAUUUUGUUAAAAGAACUUAUCUGCUACACAACAUUGUAACUAAAUUUUAGAAAACUCAUGGUGCCUAUAGUACUGUUAGUGGUGAUCAAGAUAUAAAAUAUUGAUGAUAUCGGAAAUAUCCGUAAUC